AGAAAGAAAGAAAGAAAGAAAGAGCUCGCGUGUGAUGUCGUGUUUGUGUAUCCUCAGUAUUUUUCCUCUCUUGAACCUCAUGAUGAUGGAGAUCAAAACUGAACCUACAGAAAUAAAAACUGAACCUACAGAAAUUAAAACUGAACCCACAGCAGAUGAAUAUGAAGACAAUCACGAUGAUGGUCAUAAUUUUAUUCUCUCAGAUGUGAAGAGUGAAUCAUGUUUGGAUGGAGAAAUAACGUCCUCGACUCUUUCCUGCAUCACUGGUGGAGAGACAUUGAGCUCACAGACACAUGAAGGAAAACAAAGUCAUGAAACCCCUUUUUACUGCACUGAAUGUGGCAAAUAUUACACCACCAAACGAAGUCUUACUGAUCAUAAGAGACUUCACACAGGAGAAAAACCAUACGAGUGUCCUCACUGUGAGAUGAGAUUCAGCCACAAAUCCUAUCUGAGGAAGCAUGUGCUUAUACACACCAAUGAAAGACCGUAUAAGUGCAGUGAAUGUGACAAAGCCUUUACAAAUAAAAGUUAUUUAAAUUUACACCAGAAAACACACACUGGAGAGAAACUCUAUCAGUGUUCACACUGUGAUAAAGGUUUCGGUUAUAAAUCUCAACUGAUAGCCCAUGAAAGACUUCACACUGGAGAGAAACCUUACGUCUGUAGUGUAUGUGCGAAGAGUUUCAGCGAACGUUCCAAUUUAGUGACACACCUGAGAACUCAUACAGGUGAAAAACCUUACAAAUGCUCUCAGUGUGAGAAGACGUUUACUAAGUCAGGUAACUUAAAAAUCCAUGAGAGAGUUCACACUGGAGAGAAACCUUACCUCUGCUCUCAAUGUGGGAAGAGCUUCUCUUCUUCAAGUACUUUGACUCUUCAUGCAAGAGUUCACACUGGAGAGAAACCUCAUCAAUGUGGUGUUUGUGGAAAGAGUUUUAAAAAACCUGCCAAUUUAGUGUCACACCUGAGAACUCAUACAGGUGAAAAACCUUUCAAAUGCUCUCAGUGUGAGAAAACGUUUACUGAGUCAGGUUCCUUAAAAGCCCAUCAGAGAGUUCAUACUGGAGAGAAACCUUACCACUGUGAUGUUUGUGAUAAGAGUUUUAAUCAACAUUACAAUUUUGUGUCACACCAGAGAAUUCAUACAGGUGAAAAACCUUACAAAUGCUCUCAUUGUGAGAAGACGUUUACUCAUUCAAGUUCAUUUAAAGCCCAUCAGAGAGUUCACACUGGAGAGAAACCUUACGUCUGCUCUUAUUGUGGGAAGAGCUUCUCUACUUCAACUAAUUUGACUCUUCAUCUAAGAGUUCACACUGGAGAAAAACCUUAUCACUGCUCAAUCUGUGAUAAGAGCUUCACUGGUCUAAGUACUUUUAAAGUUCAUGAGAGACUUCACACUGGAGAGAAACCUCAUCACUGUAGUGUUUGUGGAAAGAGUUUUAAUCAACAUGAACAUUUAGUGUCACACCAGAGAACUCAUACAGGUGAAAAACCUUACAAAUGCUCUUAUUGUGAGAAGACUUUUACUCAUCCAAGUUCCUUUAAAGACCAUGAGAGAGUUCAUACAGGAGAGAAACCUUACGUCUGCUCGAUCUGUGGAGAGAGAUUUGCUGCUUCUAGAAGUCUCCAGAAUCAUCAGAAGAAAAAACAUACUGAAGAACAAACUACACUGAAAUAAUUUUUAAAAAUAGACACAGGACAAUCUCUUUCUCCUAAAAAAUGUCAACAGUUUAAAAUUUUGUUUUGUAAAAAGUUUGAUAUUAAUUAUAUUAAUGCAUUUCAAUAAAUGUAAUGUUAAAACACUGCUUUAAAGGUAGGGUAACACAUUUUGAAAAAUGCUAACGGUAGCCGCCUAGCAAUGAAAUCCCGAUCCCACCCUCAAGUCAAAUCGCCAUCUAAAGUCACGCCUCUUUCCAAACACAUGAACACGCACAGAUCAGACGGUCACGUCUCAUGUCUCAUUCACCAGUGAGAAAACUUUGCAGUACAAAGUGAAUAACACUUCCAAAAUAACCAACAUAAACAACUGGUUUACAUCAGAAUUAGUUUAAGCACACGUUCGAUUGUGUAGACGUAGUAACUAUAUCGUUAUGCUAAUCCGGAAAACGAACACAAAUUUCAUAAGCAACACAAUGUUUCAUCAAAGUAGAAUAUCUGAAUCCAUCUCAAUACAAACAUAUCGCGUACCUACCUUACCAAAAUAAACAGUGCAACGACCCUUUCAGACCCUUUGCCUCCUGUAGCUGUUUGCAUCUCGCAGUAAAGCAGUAAAGUUACCGAUGUUAAUUUGGGUUUUUGCUCUUGCUG